CUCGUCUGGACCAUCGUGUAGACAGAUACUGGUCUCUCUCAGAACCCCUCCACUGUUUGUUGGAGUCUGCGAAAGAGAGCCUUUUACUCCUUGCAUCGGGAGAGCAUUCUUUUUAUUCGCGAAUUUCUUAUCAAUAUCACCACCAUCCGUCGUAUCGUCAUGGCGCCCCUGCCCGUUUCAUUCACCUGCCUUCGAACCCUCUUCGUCUCCCUCUUGCUGGCACCGCUGGUCUUGUCUCAAUGGCAGAGCACCCUUCAGAAAGAUCCGCCGGCCGGCGAGCCAAAGCAGAUUGCCAUCAUAGGUGCCGGAGCUGGAGGGUCAUCUGCCGCUUAUCAUCUUCGCAAAUAUGCCGAUUUCUUCUCCAUUCCAAUCAACAUCACGGUCUUUGAGAGAUCUAACUAUGUCGGCGGCAGAUCCAUGACUGUCGAUCUCUUCGAUGACCCCGCCCAACCUGUUGAGCUGGGCGCGUCGAUCUUCGUCAAGGCCAACAGCAAUCUUCUCAAGGCGGCGAAGAAGUUUGGCUUGAAAGUUAAAGAGGCCGACCACGAUAUGCCGCGAGAUUCCGUCCACAGCUUGGGAGUAUGGGACGGAUCGCGAUUCGUCUUUUUACAGCGCGAGACUAACUUCCGCUGGUGGAAUAUCUUCCAGCUGCUGUGGAAGUACGGCUGGGCUCCCAUGAGAACCCAGAGUGUGAUGAGCGCCACUGUCGACAAGUUUCUCAAGCUUUACAAGUGGCCUUACUUCCCGUGGAAGUCUCUGUCGGCGGUGGCUAUGAGCACCGGCCUCGUGGAAGCGACUUGGUCGACGGGCGCAGAGUUUCUGAAGGAAAAUCACAUUACUGAAGAGUUUGCGCGGGAGGUCAUCCAAGCUAGUACUCGAGUGAACUACGGGCAGAACCUCGCAUUGAUCCAUGGCUUGGAGACAAUGGUCUGCAUGGCCACGGAUGGCGCCAAGUCCGUUGAAGGAGGAAACUGGCAGAUCUUCCAGGGCAUGGUCGAUGUAUCCAAAGCGCACUUGAACCUUGAAACCACUGUACAAGAGGUACACCGCAACGACGAUGAUACCUACACACUCACCUAUGAAAUGGAAGGGAGUGAUUUCUCACAGUAUGCCGACUUUGAUCAGGUUGUUAUCGCAAGUCCUCUCCAGUUUUCCGGUAUCAAAAUUUCGCCUAACCUCGAAACCCUCCCCGAUGACACUCCCUAUGUUGACCUUCAUGUUACACUACUGGCCUCGCCGCAUAAAAUCUCGCCCCGUUUUUUUAGACUUCCAGAUAACAAAGCUUCCGUUCCGUCGGUGAUCCUUACUACCCUUCCCCAUGGUCUCGACCUGGGAGCUCGUCGUGAUGGAGUAGGCCCGGCCGGAUUUUGGAGCAUAAGCACUAUCAAGAAAGCCAGACCACCAACCGCCUCCUAUCCUUCGGGUGGCGACCAUUACGUAUACAAGAUCUUCUCGCCACAGCCGCUGAGCCCUCAGUUCAUUUCGGAUCUCUUUGACAUUUCAGAGAUGGACCUGUAUGACGACCAUAAUACCACCUUCCACAGGUCGGGUUCUACCAUCGGAGGGUUUUCUGCCAACGAGAUCUCCUGGCUUCACGAGAAAAAGUGGCACUCGUAUCCUUAUCUAUACCCCCGUGCUACGUUUGAGGACAUCAAAUUAGCAUCAGGCCUAUGGUAUACCAGCGCUAUAGAGCAUUUCAUCUCAACAAUGGAAACCAGUGCGCUCUCAGGGAUGAACAUUGCUGCGCUUAUCCUCAGCGAGUGGAUCUCUGAGUUCGAAGUCAAGCUAAAGAAGUACGAAGAGAGCGGGUAGUGCGGUGGUAUUAUAUAGCUUUAUACACUCUAGAAUGUUUUUAUUUUUGUGGGUUGUCUGGGUACGGACAACAUUCUGGCGUACUGGAAUGGAGACAGCGGGCGGUGAUUUGGGUUGAAGGGCGUAUAAUAUGUGCAUUGGAAGGGUCCCGUUCUUUUUCUCAAAGCGUACACGCAUC